AUGGAUGCGCCGCAACAGCCUGAUUGUGAGACUCCUGCGGUUGCGGAGCCCUCGCAACAUCUUCCCGAGGCUCGAAAUCCGCCUCCGCACAUGCAGCCAUCCCAGCAACUCUCAUCCGAAUCGCCGAUGGAGCAGCCUGCGCCGGUCAAUCUCAACGCCGGAGUGACCUCGGGGGGACCAAUGGUCGAAAAUGUGAGCGCCAACAAUGGCUACAACAGCGACCACAAGGCACACUACCACUCCCAAUCCACCGAUUUCCACCACUCCGCUCCCGAGUACCCAGCACAGGAAACCGACCCAUCGACACGCAUGGCGUCCUCUCCCUCUCUUACUGCACAGCCUCAACUCCAUCCUACAUCUCGUCCCGGCUCUGGAUUAUCCAGCGGUCCGGAACGGCUCGGCGUUUCUCAGCCUCCGUCAGCGGACCCCAGCCAGCGACAGGCGUCGCAGGCGUCGAGGAAUAGCGUGGUGAUCAAGGUUGGCAUGGUCGGAGAUGCGCAGAUCGGCAAGACCAGUCUGAUGGUCAAAUAUGUGGAAGGCAGCUGGGACGAGGACUACAUCCAGACUCUCGGUGUCAAUUUUAUGGAAAAGACCAUCUCCAUCCGCAACACGGAAAUUACCUUUUCGAUCUGGGAUCUUGGUGGCCAGCGCGAAUUCGUCAACAUGCUGCCCCUCGUGUGCAACGACGCCGUCGCGAUUCUGUUCAUGUUUGACCUGACGCGCAAGAGCACGCUCAACUCGAUCAAGGAGUGGUAUCGCCAGGGCCGGGGGUUCAACAAGACCGCGAUUCCGUUCUUGAUCGGCACCAAGUACGACCACUUUGUCAACUUCCCCCGGGAGGACCAAGAGGAGAUUUCCAUUCAGGCCAAACGAUUUGCCAAAGCCAUGAAAGCCAGUCUGAUCUUCAGCAGCACCAGCCACAGCAUCAAUGUCCAGAAGAUCUUCAAAAUCGUUCUUGCCAAGGCCUUUGACCUCAAGUGUACUAUCCCCGAGAUCGAGAAUGUGGGCGAGCCCCUGCUGCUCUACAAGUCCGUGUAG